GAUCGAACGUGACGUGCGGGUCGUCUAGAUAGAUGUCCUCGGAAGAGAUUCUUCCCUCUGGUUUUUUCCCUGGCACGCUUCGUUCACUUGACGCGUUUCUAAUCUGGCCGCGAUAACGACGUCUUUCAAAGUGAUUUCGAGCAGAAAGAACCAGUGUGUCAUUGACCAUCGCUGCGGCCGCUGUACCUCGAUAACGAGGUACAAAAUCAGUCCCAUCUCUCUUCUCUCGUUUCGCGCCGCGAUCCGUCUCUUUUUGUUUCCUUUUUUCUCUGUUUCCGAUUCGACUCGGAAUUAAAAUCGGUAAAUAAGUCAGAUAGUCCUGCUCGAUAUUACAUUUGACAUUUUUUCCCUCGCUGGCGGAUAUCCAUAACACGCAGUCGAACACUCUGACAUCUUUUCUUUUUUUCCUAUAUUUUUGUCAUGCCAGGUAAACCUUUUCAUGUGCGACCUGGGACAUCGUUUUUCAAUAAUAAAUAGUCCUUGGACAAUCGUAAAUUUUCGAGCGCAAGUUUUCCAAGCGACUUUUAAAUUUUUUGAAAAUUAAUUAAAAGAAAGAGAGAGUGAGAGAGAAAGAGAGAGAGGGAGACAGACUGGAUUAAUCGUGCUUCGAAGAAGAUAUCGGUGAACCAUGUACUCGACUCUGUUGCUAACAAGAUCCACUCGACUCAGUAAUACGCCACUAAGAUUGACAUCGUUCAUAGGACUGCGUUUGCUGCAGCAAACAAGUAAUGGCGUGUCGCAAGGAUACGUGCGGAGAGAGCUGCAAACAUCGGAGAGAUCACAAAGGCAACAGACCUUUACGGAGCGCAGCGAAUUGAAAUAUGCCCGUCGACUGGUAAUCAAGCUUGGUAGCGGCGUUAUAACGAGAGAGGAUGAACAUGGUCUAGCUCUUGGACGUCUGGCAUCUAUCGUCGAACAGGUAGCUGAAUGUCAGAUUGACGGUCGCGAAUGCAUCAUGGUGACUAGUGGAGCGGUCGCUUUUGGCAAGCAAAAGCUCACUCAAGAGCUUUUAAUGUCCAUGUCGAUGAGAGAGACUUUGAGCCCCACUGAUCACACACGGGAACACGCAGGAACUAUGUUGGAACCUCGAGCAGCGGCCGCAGUGGGUCAAUCUGGUCUCAUGUCUCUCUACGAUGCGAUGUUCGCCCAAUACGGAGUCAAGAUUGCUCAGGUAUUAGUGACUAAGCCUGACUUCUAUAACGAGGAGACACGAAAAAAUCUCUUCAGUACACUGAGCGAACUGAUUAGUUUGAAUAUCGUGCCAAUCAUCAACACGAAUGACGCAGUAUCUCCACCACCAGACGUCGACGAGGAAGUUGCUGGCAGCGGUGGUAGACGAGGAAUAUCUAUUAAGGAUAAUGAUUCCCUAGCGGCUAUGCUGGCGGCUGAAGUCCAAGCAGAUUUGCUAGUCCUCAUGAGUGAUGUCGAUGGAAUCUACAAUCUUCCACCUUGGCAGGAUGGCGCUAAGAUGUUACAUACCUUUAGUUCCGAUCUAAGAGGUACUAUCAAGUUCGGACAGAAGUCGAAAGUAGGCACAGGCGGUAUGGAUUCGAAGGUCAACGCCGCUCUUUGGGCGAUGGAUCGUGGUGUUGCAGUCGUCAUCUGUAAUGGUACGCAAGAGAAGGCUAUUAAGAGUAUCAUGUCGGGCAGAAAAAUAGGAACGUUCUUCACGCAGGCUGCUGGCUCAUCCAUUCCUGUCGAGGUGAUCGCCGAAAAUGCUCGCGUCGGUAGUAGAGUGCUACAAGCGUUACGCCCGGAGGAACGAGCCGAGUGCAUCAAAAUCCUCGCAGAUUUGCUCGAAUCCAGACAGUCCGAAAUUCUCUCAGCAAACACAUUGGAUUUGGAAGCUGCGAGCAAAAAGAAUCUGGCAAAGGCCUUAUUAUCGCGUUUGUCUCUAACUCCGGCAAAGCUCAAGUCCCUAAGCUCCGGUCUGCAUCAGAUCGCGAACGAUUCAUUAAACAAUGUUGGCCGCGUACUCCGUAGGACCAGAUUAGCCGAUGGUUUGGAGUUGGAGCAGAUAACGGUACCCAUCGGCGUGUUGUUAGUUAUCUUUGAAUCGAGACCGGAUAGUUUGCCUCAGGUAGCCGCCCUGGCUAUGUCCAGCGCUAAUGGACUUCUCCUGAAAGGUGGCAAGGAAGCCUCCCACAGCAACAAAUACUUGAUGGUACUUGUAAAGGAGGCAUUGGAGAAGUUCAGUGCCUCGAACGCUAUUUCCCUCGUAUCCACAAGGGAAGACGUAGGUGAUCUUCUCUCAAUGGAAAAACACAUAGAUCUCAUCAUCCCUCGCGGUAGCUCGGAUUUGGUCCGCACGAUUCAGGAGCAGUCUAAACAUAUACCUGUUUUAGGACAUGCCGAGGGUAUCUGUCACGUUUAUGUUGACAAGCACAUGGAUGUAACGAAAGCUAUAAGAAUCAUCAAAGAUUCCAAGUGCGAUUAUCCUGCCGCGUGCAAUGCUAUGGAGACAUUAUUGAUACACGAAAGUCUAAUGAGUGGCAGCUUCUUUAGUGACGUAUGCAGCAUGCUGCAUAAAGAAGGGGUAAAAAUCAACUCCGGUCCAAAAUUAAGAGAACUGUUAACUUUCGGUCCACCUGCCGCCAAAAGUAUGCGAAUCGAAUAUGGUGCACUUGAAUGUACCAUAGAGGUAGUUUCUGAUGUCGAUGAUGCCAUUAGCCAUAUUCAUAAAUAUGGUAGUAACCAUACCGAUGUUAUUAUCACUGAGCAUGCCAGCACAGCGGUACACUUUCAGAGGGAGGUGGAUAGUGCAUGUGUCUUCCAUAAUGCCAGUACUAGAUUCGCAGAUGGCUACAGAUUCGGUCUUGGAGCGGAAGUCGGUAUUUCCACGACACGUAUCCACGCACGUGGUCCAGUAGGAGUGGAUGGGCUUUUAACGACGAAGUGGAUUUUGAAAGGCGACGGACACGCGGCUGCGGAUUUCGCUGAAGGAGGUAGCAGAACUUGGCUUCAUCAAUCCUUACCUCUUACAGAAUCAAUGUGAAUCGAUCGCUUCGAACUUUAUGAUCUCGGGUUAGCUGGAAUAUCAUUUAAUAAAAUGCAAUGAGUGAACACCUCAAAAAAAAAG